CAGACGAAAGUGGGAGGUGUCUUUACUCUCCCUUUCAAGCGUAAAAUCUUCACUCUCUCAACGGACCAGGUGUGGAUAGACUAAACACCUGUAAUCACGCUUUCGGGCAGGUGUGUGGGAGUGAAAGUGAGAGUGGCUUGUGUUACCUGCCCGUGGUGUUGAUUAAGAAGAAAUGGGCGGGGUGGUGAAGGUGUUGAAGGUGGUGAGGUGUGGUGAGAAGAGGUGAUGUGAGUUGUUUUUUUUUUUUUUUUUACAGCAAAGGAGACAGCAGGCCCUUAAAAAUAGGAAACAAAAAAAAAAAGCCCGAUACUCGAAUCAAAACUCUUUAGAUGCGGAAAAGUAACGAGUGAGGACGUUUGGUGGUGGUGAAGGUGGUGGUUGUGGUAGUGGUGGUGGUGGUGGUGGUGGUGGUGAUGGUGGUAGGUGUGGCCGGCAGAGUAGUUUGAUGAGAGGAGAGGGAGGGAAGACUUUCUGGUACAGAGGAAGAUAAAGAAGGAAGUCGUUUGAAAAUUCAGACUUUGGUGGUGAAGAAGAAGAAGAAGAAGAAGAAAAAGAAGAAGAAAACAGGAAAAGAAAAGCAAAAGAGAGAAGAAAGCUACGAAGAGCAGGUCAGGGCAGCAAGCAUGUCAGCGGCAGGGGCAGGAGGAGCGGCAGGGGAUAGUCAGCAGGUUCGUAAGGCGUCGUGGCAGAGCAGCCUUGCCAACCCCGGCCAGCGCGUCUCAGCCCUUCACCACUCUGCCAGGCUGUCUGACCUCACCAUUAUCCUGCCUGGCCUAAAUACGCCUAUCAAGGCCCACCGUCUCGUCCUGGCCAUGAGUUCGCCGGUGUUCGAGGCCAUGCUGUACGGGCCACUAGCGGAGGGGCCCGAGGUGGCAUUGCAGGAGGACCCCCCGGAGGCGCUGACGUGGCUCCUGGAGUAUAUGUACCGCGGCACCACCAGGCUCCCCGACGUGGCCAUGACCGUCAAGGUGUACCAGGUGGCCAGCAAGUACCAGGUGGAGCCCCUCAUGGCCCUGUGCUCCGAGUACCUGCAGGCGACGCUGACGGCCGCCAACCUACCCGAGAUUUACGACACGGCGAUGCUGCUGGAGGACACGAGGCUGCUGCAGAGGUGUUCCCAGAUCGUGAACCACUCCCCCACCGCUGUGCUCACCUCCCCCCAGCUGGGCCGCCUCUCCCGCAGUGCCCUCACUCACCUUCUCGAUCACCCCCUGCACAUCACCUCCGAAGUUGUGUUGCUGCAAGCGAUUCUACGAUGGGGCCGCGCCCAGGGCACACGUAAGCAGCUGCGGGAGGAGAUUGAGGAGUUCCUGCCGCAGAUUCGCUUCCUGACGCUGAGCACCGACGAGUUCGUGGAGCACGUGAUGCCGGCGGGCGUGCUCAGCCUCUCCGAGAUGACGGCGCUGCUUAUGAACAUCAAGCGGCUGGAGGGCAUGGCGCUGCCGGCCCUCUGCUGCCCCGAGCGGGACAAACGGCUGUGUUAUGACGAGACGCUGCUGCGCUGCCUCACCCUAGCGCCGCGCCCCUCAGCGCCGCGCUCCCGGAAGCAGGCGCGCGGCAGCAUCUUCGUGCACGCCCAAAACGAGCAGGUCCUCAUCGCCGACCUGCGCACCGCCACGCCCCUGCAGCUGGCACGCAUCGAGUGCCGCGCUAUCCACCCCACCAGCGGUCUGGCCUGCGUCAGCGUCAAGGACAGCGAGGGCAACGAGCUGGCCGCCGUGGCCGCCGAGGGGUCAGAGGCUCGCUUCCCUGGCCCCGUGCAGCUCAGGCCCAGCGCCGCCCACAGCAUCACCGUCAGCAUGGAGGGUCACUGGCCGCGCGGGGAGCUGGGCGAGGCCAUGGCCACGGAGGACGAGGUGCGCCUCACGGCCAGGGUGGCCUACACGGAGGGCCGCACCGGCUCCGUCACCCUGCACUUCUGGUCCUUCAACUAACACACACACACACACACACACACACACACAGGAUUUUCUGCGUGCUUUACCUCACUAUUGAGUGCAAAGGUCAACGCUUCUCACCUCACCAUGACAACAUUUCAUUUCUCGCCGCCACGCGCUGAGCUGUUCUGCGGGCAUGAUUGUGUCCCGCGCCACGCCGCCAAUACGCAUCGCUAGGGCAGACGCUUUACUCACUAAAUAAAUAGAAUAUUCGCAAAAAAAACCAGACGUGUGUUCAUCAAUCCUAGCAAGUUAGUCAACCAUCUCGUCAACAGUUCACACAGAAAACGUGGCGAGGACUCCGUCGUAUGAGAAAAUGGACCCGCUUCAACGAUGUAUGACCAUUAUAAAUCUGGUAGCUGACCUUGACAGACAACCACAGAAGCAGCGCCAGCAGCAUCAACAGCAAAAGCAAUCAAUGCCAAUAGAAGUAGUAGUAAUGGUAGUAGUUAGUAG